GCGGCGAUCCGCAAGAAGCUGGUGGUGGUGGGCGACGGGGCGUGCGGCAAGACGUGCCUGCUGAUCGUGUUCAGCAAGGACGAGUUCCCCGAGGUGUACGUGCCCACCGUCUUCGAGAACUACGUGGCCGACAUCGAGGUGGACGGCAAGCAGGUGGAGCUGGCGCUGUGGGACACGGCGGGCCAGGAAGACUACGACCGCCUGCGCCCGCUCUCCUACCCGGACACCGACGUGAUCCUCAUGUGCUUCUCGGUGGACAGCCCGGACUCGCUGGAGAACAUCCCGGAGAAGUGGGUGCCCGAGGUGAAGCACUUCUGCCCCAACGUGCCCAUCAUCCUGGUGGCCAACAAGAAGGACCUGCGCAACGACGAGCACGUCCGCAACGAGCUGGCGCGCAUGAAGCAGGAGCCCGUGCGCACCGAGGACGGCCGCGCCAUGGCCAUCCGCAUCCAGGCCUACGACUACCUCGAGUGCUCGGCCAAGACCAAGGAGGGCGUGCGCGAGGUCUUCGAGACGGCCACGCGCGCCGCCCUGCAGAAGCGCUACGGCGCGCAGAGCGGCUGCAUCAACUGCUGCAAGGUGCUAUAGGGGCGGGGCCCCGCGGACGCUGCCCGCCCCCCCCGCC